AUGACUCGUCGAGUAGCAAUUGUCACGGGAUCGGCGCGGGGAAUCGGAAAAGCGAUUGCCUUUCGCCUGUUUCAGGAUGGCUACUCGGUCUGCAUCAAUGAUAUUCCCAGUGCAGCGGCAGAGAUCGAUGUCGUGGUGAGAGAGUUCAACGCCACCGAUAUCGCCAAAGAAACCGCGUUGGAUUCACGCCCAUGUGUGAUAGGCAUUGCAGCAGACGUAACAUCAUCCUCGGCGGUCGAGGCCAUGGUUCACGAAACCGUAGAAAGAAUCGGACCGCUCACCCUGAUGGUUGCCAACGCAGGCGUCACGCAAAUCAAGCCGUUGCUCGCCGUGACCGAAGCGGAUAUAGAUCAGGUUUUCUCGGUUAAUUUCAAAGGCGUUUUCAACUGCUAUACGCACGCAGCCCGGCAGAUGAUCGCCCAAGGUGACCCGCACAACGCAGCGGGAGUGGGGAGAUACAAGAUCGUCGGGGCGGCGUCAAUUGUUGGUUUCAGAGCGCUUGAGACACUUGGGAUCUACUCAGCCAGUAAGUGGGCAGUCCGAGGCCUGACUCAGGCGAUGGCCAUGGAAAUGGCACCGCAUAACAUCACGGUGAACGCAUAUGCACCGGGGGUCGUUGACACCGCCAUGUGGGAGAAGAUCGAUGAGCAGCUGGGAGAAAUCCAGGGACGGGCCAAGGGAGAGAGCCUCCAGUUCUAUUCCAACCGGGUCGCCCUGGGACGAGCCAGCGUGCCGGAGGAUGUCGCCGGGCUGGUGGGAGGAUUCCUGGCCAACAGCGACUCGGACUUUGUGACGGGCCAGACGAUGCUGGUGGAUGGCGGUGUUGUCUUCACGUAG